AUGGCCGCCGUCCUCCUGCUGGUCCUGACCCUGGGGCACCUGAUGGCUGCUGCUGAUGCGUCUCUGCACCACCAAGACGCUCGGCGGCUGCUUGCAGAGCACAAUAAUCUCUCUGCGAAACUGAGCCUCUCGGAAGCUGCAAGAGUCGUCGUCCGACCACAAGAGCAGCCCGGAACCACAGCCGUCCCGACAGAUGCUGAUAAGGAAGCCUUGUGCCUUUGCCCCCCCUUAUGCUUCUGCUAG